GUUCCAUGAAGAACGGAACACUGAGUUUCUGUCCACCACAGGUGCUCCAGUGUGACCAGACGCUCAGUGACAUACAACAAAAUCUUACUAGUCCAGCUGAUUUAGAGAUGCUGGCGAGCAGCACUCAAAUUCUGACCUCCAACCCCGAAGAGCUAACGGCAGAAAAUGUUACAACUGCAGCUCAGAUUGCCAACACACUGCUGCUGUCUCCAAACGCCACAGAGACUGUCAGGGUGGCAGCAGUAGCUACAGUCAGCCAGCUGCUGAAUGCCAGCAUGCCGGACGAUAGCCAGGAAAACAACGCUACUCUGGGCCUUACGGUGACCCUGGACCAGCUCUCUGUGAACCUCAGCCAAAGUCUCAACACGUCUCAGAGUCAAGUAGUCCAACCAAACCUGGUGGUCCAGUCGGCACAAAUCCCUGCUGCAGACACUCAGGGAGUCCAGUUCACCUCUCUCUCAGGAACGUCUGGCAGUUUUGUUGCUGACCGAAUUCAGCUGAACACCAACGUGUCAACAGUUGUGGUGGAAAACGGGUUCGUAGCCGACGCCCUCAUAUACAUAAGAUUCACACCAGAGGCUGUCAGUGGCCGUCAGAAGCCAUCAAACGUCUCGCUGGGUUUCGUCCUCUACCAGAACGACCGUUUCUUCAGGUCGAGGCGGUAUAGAAGGGGACGGGCCACCAUCAGGGUCCUGUCGGCCAGCGUUAGAGGUCAGGAGCGCAGCGUGGUGCCGCAACACGUGGAGAUGCUGUUCAGACCAACGAUGAUGAAUGGGACGUCUCUGUACGACUUCGCCUGUGUCUUCUGGGACUACAGUCUGCAGGACUGGAGCACUGACGGCUGCUCUAAAGGGAACGCUUCAGACGGAGUCCUGAGAUGUUUCUGCAACCACACCACCAACUUCGCUGCUCUCUGGUCCUUCAGAGAGAAAUAUCAAUAUGCAGAAGCACUGGAUAUGAUUUCUAUCGUUGGGCUUUCUUUUUCCAUUCUGGGUUUGGUUGUAACGAUCAUUCACCACAUUAAAGUGAAGUAAGGCGUUAUACUAUAUUACAUCAAAAUGUUCCAUUGUAUUUUGUUUACUUUCUCACCGUCUACUCUUUCACAGUCAGUUCUUUAAGUUAGCAAUUAGGUUGGCAUUUCUUUAAGCAUUUCACUUUCAGCCUUUUGGUUAGCUUUCCUCAGUGCCCCUUAUUCAGAGUCACUCUCUGGUGGAAAGUAACAAGUACAGUACUUUCUACUGCUACUCUACGACAUUUUUACUACCUUUAUUUUAUUUCAGAACAGGGAGACGCAACACAUGAGACACAAUUAGCUUAAGAAUCGCAGUUUUUCUCAGUCCGAACACACAUCAAUUCAAUCAGUGUGACUUCCACUUCCCGAGGACAUCUGUAUCUCUGAUGUUCAUCCAGUAUAAACCUGAAGAAAUCUGUUUGGAAAGCAGAGGAAAAAGACACUUCUCAUGGCUCCAGAACUGGGAAUCAUCAGGCUUUUAAGUUUUCUACAGUACCUUAUUCUCAAAAUAUAACAACUGUGUCUCAAAUCUUCUCUCUUUAGCUUUCAGA